UGUUGGUUCUUUUGACCUCUUGAUGGCGAAAGAUCAUAAUCGCGUUAUAUCAACAGGGGCUCCUAAUCAUUAUGGCCCUAGCACGGUUUAUUCAUGGUACCCACCUUGUUUUGUUGUUCUUGGUUAAUUCCCGAAACAUAAUAAAUAUUUAUAGCCGAAUAUUUAUGCUCUUUAGCCGAAACAUAAUGAUGUUUACACCAAGCACGGCGUGUGGUCGUGUCUCCGAGUCAACAUGGCGAGAAUCGUGAGAACGAACCAAAAAUGUCAGCCGUUCAAACACAGCUGGGAUAGGCAGAGCGAAGGAAAGAGGAAGUCGAAAGAGUUAAUGAAUGACACGUUGAACAAAGAGACGUUUUUUUGGGAGAUAUCCCAGGAAUUGGGAAAUACAAAGGAGAAUUGAUAUUUCUGUGAAAAAUGGGAAGAUUUUACUACCGGGCGAAAACCACAUUGGUAUUUCUAAUUUCUUGCUAUGUGCUGUUAAGGAUAAGUCAAUUAAUGGUCGCUAUUCGCAGGGAACAAAUGAAGAACUCCCUUCUCGAGCGGGUACGUGACAAACCUUUGUGCAGUGACAACGAGGCAGUGAUCAGAGGGCUAAGACGACUUACUAAGGAUCUCAUCUUUAUUCGCAUGACGGUAGGACGAGAUCCAGAUAUGGUUAGAAAAAUAGAAUCGCACUACAAUAACCUACAGAAACUACUCCUAGAAAUAGAAGUACUCACGAAAGUCAACAAAACGAGAAAACCAACUCGCUUGGAGAGAGGUGAAGUUACGACGGAAAGUAGUACUCAGACAGGGUUUUUUUGCCCAGAAGUAUUUCGUGGGUCAACUUAUGGCUAUCCAUUCUACCGCAAAGGGUUUGAAGUAACAAAUUGCACAACGAUCAAAUCAAGACGUUCAGUGAGUGGACUGGUCACGUUAAUAUUUGAUGAUUUGCUUGUAGCUAGAAAAACACCAGAAGGCGAAAAAAUUGCAGACGAGAAAUCUUACCACAAAUAUCUGUCUAGUUUUUUUGAAAACUUAUACCAGGAAUACCCUGGUAUAAAAGCUUUUGUUUUACUAAACAACAGCAAAAUAAAUGUAAACAAUGUAAGUAAAGAAUGGUCAACAAGUAUUGAAAUCAUUCAAGCGCAUCAGACCUCCAAAGGGGAAACUUUGCGGAAAUUAGUGAACCAAGUAAAUACACCUUAUGUUCUCUUGGCAACAGGGGUGACACAUUUUAAAAGAGUGAAACUUGAGCGACUUAUCAGAGUUCUCUCAGCGCACAAAUCGCUCCAAUUUGCUGGAGGAAGUACACGUGACCUUGAAGGGCAUUGGUCGUCGGGUUGUCUGCAGACGAAAUUGAAAAACUACACACUUUCAUUACGAGCCGGAUACAGUAAAUCUUUAAAAGAAUGUCUCGUGUGUGAUUACUUAACAGGGCCAUUUUUGGCAAAGACGGGUGUUUUUAAAAAGUUUAGUUUAGAUGCAAGACUCAAUAACGGAGUUUACAGGGAUCUUUUUCUAAGAGUAAAAUCGAAAUUCAGUCACACGACAAGGCGCGGUCCCACAGUAGUCAGUUGCCCGGAUGCGAUGUUCCAUACACGUUCGCCGGAAAGAACAGACGCAGACUUGCUGCCAUUCGCAAACAAGCACUCUAUUCGGAAGAUUGUGGAGUUGGACGGGCGGGUCCGUUGGUACGGGUGUCGACGUGGGGUCAUUCACCGGACGGCAGACAAAUGUCCGGUAAGGGAGGGACUUCUCGUUCCUCCGUGCUGCCUAGAGAAUCUAGCUGACGCGGUAAAGUUUUUGAUGUCCCAGUGCGAGAGUAAUAGUAUCGUAUGUGAGCUUCAGGAGGGCACACUUUUAGGUGCGGUCAAAAUGGGUAAAGUGCUGCCUUGGGAAAGAGAUGCGGACAUCACAUUCCUCACAAGGGAUUAUGAGAAGCUGAGGAGUAUGGAGAGAGUGUUCACAGACAGGGGCUAUAUCUUCAGGGAUGUUAGUCCACCGUGGUGCUGUAUUGACGGGCGGGAAGCGGGAGGCAAGAUAGAGAUCACUGCGGAUGGCUGGUCCAUUCAGCUUUACGGUCAGCACAUCAUGGACUCGGAGACCCUCAUUAAUAAGGGACUCAGGCCCACAAGGGUCCUCUUCAGUGGACAGUGGGUCACGGUGCCGACUAACCCAGGGGAACACAUACGAAACAGGUAUGGAGUUGAGGUUUAUCGACACGUCGAACACUGGAUGAGCACAGGGGCCAAAUCUGGCUGGGAGGCGUAUAAUGCAGAGGCUGGCAAGUUCUCUCCCUGCCCUAUCAGAGGGUUUCAUGGCUGCAUUGACCAGUACAACACUGAUGGUACAAUCCAGUUCGAGGAGAUCUGAAACAAAUUCUGAACAUAUAGUACACGAUAUGACUCUGAGUUUUCCUUUUGCCUCAUGGAGGUUUACGGCUGCGUUGAUCUAGCCUGACUUACGGACGCUCGGGGAUCGUUUGCUUAACUCCCCGAGGUUUGAUGAACCAGGCUAGCAUUUGUCGAUAGUACGCUGAUUGUCCCAGCCAGUCCAACAAUACCCUUUAUUGGGCUUCCCAACACCUACUAUUACUUUAUUUAGUUUACAAUAAAUAAGCAUACGCUCUUGAGUAAAAAAGAUAUUUACUUAUGACACAA